AUGCAUUACUCUUACCUUUACUAUUUUCAGAUUUUUGAAAUUAAGUCUAAUGGAUUUCCUGGUGUAAUAGGAGUUAUUGAUGGAUGCCACAUACCAUGUAAACAAUCAGUUGGUAAUUUUUAUAACAGAAAAGGUUUCCACUCAAUAAUUCUUCAAGGCAUAUGUGAUCAUACAAUGAGAUUUACAGACGUAUUUAUUGGAAUGUCAGGACAUAUGCACGACGCUCGCGUCUUUCGUAAUAGUCAAAUAUUUCAUCGUUUGUUCAAUCAGCCGCUAUAUUAUCACAUUAUAGGUGAUUCAGCCUAUCCCAUAGACAUAGUAAUAUAGGGAUAGAGCAUAGAGUUGCGGGGGGAUAACCAUUGCGGGACGGUGCGACGAGGUAAACUGUGCCUAAGGCCCAGUUCCACAACUUGCUUUAAACGGAGUUUAAAGCUAAACCGAUGGUUAAAAGCAAUAGUAUAAGCGCAUAUACUAUUAUCUAAUACUAUAUAAGUCUAAUUGGUGGUUGUGCCGUGUGUAAGUAUUUGAUACAUACAUAGAUGUGUAUGAAGUUGUGAGUGAAAUUAUGAAAAAAAAGACACAUGCAUAACCUCUGCAAAAUACUGUCAGUAUAAAUAGUUCUUAUCAUUUUGUUACAUUUACUAUUUGCCAAUGACAGCCAAAUCG